UCACCAUACAACGUUGAUAAGAUACCACUCUAAAGAUAAGAUUGCCAGCCAUUUUGUUAAAAACAUUUGAUGCACAGUCAGAUUGGAGGUUUUGUGAUGUAUUUGUGAAUUUAGAGUCAAUAUAUCGGUAACAAUGAGUGUACGUGGUAUAUUUAUUGUUGUUAUCAUUGGUCUUAUUGGAGUGUAUGGCGAUGACACACCAGAAAAAUCGAAUGGAACAAUAUCUAAGAAUCCAGUGUGGAAACAGACGGGAAUUUGCAGAAAGUGUAUCUGCAAAGAUGAAAAGAUAAACUGCUUCGAUCAAAGUCUCACUACGUUUUUUACUAAAAAGGAAUGGACUGAUAUUGCAGAAUUCAAACCAAAAAUAAUAGAUUUGAGUGACAACUCAAUAACGAAUGUAACUGCGUUCGCGCAGUUUCCCGUUGAAAUUCUCAAUUUAUCACGGAAUAGUAUUGAGUUUAUUGAGAAUGCUAGUUUUAAGGAUCUUCAGUCUAUGAAAGUUCUAGAUCUAAGUCAUAACAAGCUCACGUCGGCGAAACUUAGUCCACAUGCUUUUGAGGGCCGCUAUUCUCCAGAAGAAUACGAGCCUCUUGCAUCCAUGAGAACUCUGAGCUUGGCCUACAAUGACCUUCAUAGCCUGAACCAGGAUCUCUUUGAGCAUUUACCGGAGUUAACUGAGUUGGAUUUAAGUGGCAAUCCCCUGACCACGAUUGAUCAUGUAACUGUAAUUGCAAUUUCUAGUCUUCCUAUGCUGAAGGUUCUUCGAAUGCGGUCCUGCCAAUUGCCAGACAUUCCCGAAAAAUUCCUUCAUACACCCCGGUACCUGGAACGCCUAGAUCUAAGUGACAACAAGCUAAUAGCUGUGCCUUUAGAGCUAGAGGAGACUAAGAAUUUGAUUUAUUUGAACUUGAACCAGAAUCCUAUUAGAGAACUAGACGUCAACAGCGAAGAUCACCCUGGUUUUCCCCGUCUCCGCAAGCUUCAAGAGCUGCAUAUGUGCAACAUGCCUAAGCUACAACGUAUCGGUGCAGGGUCACUCGCAGGUCUAGAGACCAUACAAAGAUUGCAUAUGUGUUGUAACCCUCGUCUGAGCUACAUUGACCCUAAAGCUCUGGCCAGAUCUGAUGAUAUUGGAGAAACAUAUGACUGGCCUCUAAUUAAGGAAUUGUAUCUUCAAUCGAACAAUCUAUCAGAGGUAGACCGUCGUUUCCUCUCCCGUUGGGAUCUUUUGGAAAAAGUAGAUAUAACAAAUAACCCCUACUUAUGUGAUUGCUCCACUCAGUGGAUGGUGGAUAUAUUGGUGGCUGUUGUGGAAAGGAAGACUACUAAUUCCUCUGAAAAUAUGAUUUGCCAAGAGCCGAUAGAAAUGCGAGGUUACACGAUGAAGCAUCUGCAUGACAUCCAUCGCACUAUGCGUUGUGUAGACAAGUAUGGGCAUCGUCCAGAGAGGGAUGGUGCCAUGCUUUUGGGGACCCUUAUAGGUGUCUUAUUAGCAGUUCCAAUUGUCUUCGGACUCAUGAUGCUGUGGAGACAUGGCUACUUUUCACGGUGUGGUCUUCGAGGGCCCAUCGAUGUAUCCAGGGCGUUCUACAAGCGAGCUCCAGCUGAUGACAACUACAUAUAAGCUAUAUAAUUAUAAAAUACAUAUAAGCUAUACAAAUAUAAAAAAAGUUAACAACGAAGAAACGUUUUUUAUCGUUGACUAAAAAAUAUUCUAAGAUAAAUAAUGUACUAGUGAACUAAGAAAAAUUAUGUAAUAUGCCUUUAAAAGUUUUGGACUUAAGUAGAAGGAUUUAAAAAAAAUACUAACAUCCCCACCAUACUUUUUAGCAAAAAGUAAAUACUUAUUUAAGCUGACAAUUGUGUCGAGAUAUAUUUUUUAUUAAAUAAAUUAAACAGUU